CGGGGUCUGCCGGAGAGCUGCUGCUGCUGGGGGUGCGGGCGAAGCAGCGGAGGGAGGGGGAGGAUUCUGAUCGCGCUGUCAGGAGCGGCUGCGGAGCCCUGCCUGGCACAGUCCCUGCAAGAGAGUCUCUGGAGGCUGCUUCCCCAGCGCUGGAUCCUGCCCCUGGGGACCAGAGGGAGAGAAAGGAUUUCCUGCUUCCUUUCAUUUGUCCAGUUCACCAGGCUUCCCUCAAAGCAGCACAUUUGGGGAAAAUUUUCAGGGAAGUGGUUUCUACAAUUUGACUGUGGAUUUGACUGUCUCCUCUGAUUUCAGAGUGGAUUUCUGAGAUUCAGCUCUUCUCCAGGAUUGUCUUUAAAAGUACUGAGCUCUAGUUAGUGAUGAUGAUGAUGUUUCAGAUGAGGUGGAGAACCAUCCUACCACAACAUUGUGUUCUGCUGGUGAUAUGUCUCCUAAUCAAUUUGGAAGCAGUGCCUAUAGACAUAGACAAGACAAAAGUUCAAGGAGAACCUCAUGUAGAAGGAGCAAAAAUAGAAACCCCAGAUACUGGGCUUUAUUAUGAUGAAUAUCUCAAGCAAGUGAUAGAUGUCCUAGAAACAGAUAAACAUUUCAGAGAGAAACUUCAGACUGCUGAUAUAGAGGAAAUAAAGAGUGGAAAGCUAAGCAAAGAGCUAGACUUAGUAAGCCAUCAUGUGAGAACAAGGCUGGAUGAACUGAAAAGACAAGAAGUGGCAAGGUUAAGAAUGCUAAUCAAAGCUAAAAUGGAUUCCUUUCAAGACACUGGCAUAGACCAUCAAGCUCUCCUUAAACAGUUUGAACACCUCAACCACCAGAAUCCUGACACGUUUGAAUCUAAAGAUUUAGAUAUGUUGAUCAAAGCAGCUACAAGUGACCUGGAAAACUAUGACAAGACACGCCACGAUGAAUUUAAGAAAUACGAGAUGAUGAAGGAACAUGAAAGGAGAGAAUAUUUAAAAACACUGAAUGAAGAGAAGAGACGGGAAGAGGAAUCCAAAUAUGAGGAGAUGAAGAAAAAGCAUGGAGACCAUCCCAAAAUCAAUCAUCCUGGAAGCAAAGACCAACUGAAAGAGGUGUGGGAGGAGUCGGAUGGGCUGGAUCCUAAUGACUUCAAUCCAAAGACAUUUUUCAAGUUACACGAUGUCAAUAAUGAUGGCUUCUUGGAUGAGCAAGAAUUAGAGGCCCUGUUUACUAAAGAGCUGGAGAAAGUAUAUGAUCCCAAAAAUGAAGAGGAUGAUAUGGUGGAAAUGGAAGAAGAAAGGCUAAGAAUGAGAGAGCAUGUUAUGAAUGAGAUUGACGUCAACAAGGACCGGUUAGUAACUUUACACGAGUUCCUGAAAGCUACAGAGAAAAAAGAAUUUUUGGAGCCAGAUAGCUGGGAGACAUUGGAUCAACAGCAGGUCUUCACCGAAGAGGAGCUGAAGGAAUUUGAAACGCAUAUUUUGCAGCAGGAAAAUGAACUCCUGAAGAAGGCAGAAGAUCUUCAACAACAGAAGGAAGAGCUACAGAAACAGCAUGACCAGCUUCAGGCUCAGAAACAGGAACUUCAGCAGGUUGUACAACAGAUGGAACAGAGGAAGCUACAGCAAGGAAGUCCUCUAUCAGGACCAGCUGGGGAACUGCAAUUCCAGCCACCUGUGGAACACCAAGUCGGAAAUGCACAAAACCAUCUGGCAGGUGAUCAGCCUUUACCACCAGGGCACAUACCAGUUCAAGAAGCAGCCGCCGGAAGUGAUCAUGUUCAAAUUCACCCUUAACCACUUGUGCCUCAACUUUAUACAGUCUUUAUUAUUUGGGGGGGUGGGGUUGGGGUCUUAAACAGAAAGAGUGAAAUAUGAACUGCCCACUUUCUUCACUUGCUUGUAAAGUCAUUGGGAAUGUUACAGCUUUACAAUUCAAACCCAACUGAUGUUUAAAUUAGAUUAAUUUAAUCUUCAGUGCAUCAGUGAGAAAGAUAACAGGCAGAUCAAUUGCAGGAUAAAAGGGAGUGGGGGGUUGGAGGGAAGGAAUGGAAGAAAUAACAAAAGCAGCAUCUCUCCAUUUUCUGUAAGCAAAUCUCCAACAACUCAGUCCCUGGAGCACAGAAGUCCUUAUUACUAAUAGUUAAGGAUUAAUCAGAAAUUCGCUUUCUGGAGAAGCGGAGAACUGGGCUAGAGAUCCAGCCAAUCCUGUUCCAUAUAGAAACACUUUUCAGAAGCACUAAACUACAGAAUUUGGGGAAACUAGGCCCAAGAAUGGAGGUCUUCAGUUUCCAGUAGUGCCAACCCUUUUCUCCUUUGAGACCAAAUUAAAAAAAAAACCCUGUUCUGAUUAAUUUCAAGAAAUCUGCACUUUUAAAAAUGAAACCACAGCAAAGAAUUUUAGAACAGUGAAUACUUUUCAUGUUUACAGAUAACUACGAACUUCACUGUAAGCCUUCAAAACAGAAUACUGUACUUAUGGGGUGUUGAUUUGAACCAUCCUCAUUGUUAUGAUGAAUCCAGUGUAGCAGCUCAUCUUGCAGACUGGUAUUAAAACUAUAUUCUUGUCCCUCUUUCUUUCAUUAUCUUCUAGCUGCUCUCAACAUUUUGCAUGCUAUUAAAAUGAGGGGUUUUUUUGGUCGAUGAAAAAAUAUUGUGAGAAAUAGAAAAGGACUCGGUCUUUUUCUGUGCAUAUUAUCCUACCUCCUGUGGUAAAACCUUCCUUUCAAAAUCCACAGUAUGUUUCAAACAACUUUUUUCAGACAUGACAUUCUGACUGCUAGAGUCUCUCUGGUUUCACAUUGUUAGUUCUCAUUAGUUUUACAAUAAUCGGUAUAAUUUUAUGAAAUUCCCUGAAACGGACACAUGUCAUGACUGUAUAUUUUUGGUAUUGGUAUCAAACUGGUUUCUUCAAGCUAACCCAAACUUUUACAAGAAAUUAUUUGAUUUACCUGUGAAUUUUGCUAAAAUGUAGAAAAGAUCCAUUGCGUAUUUCAGACCUAAAGGAAGCAUCUUAAAGCCCAAACCCAAUUCCUUUAACAUGAAUGUUUUCCCUUUGUAGAAAGCUGGCUCUGAUUUUUUUAUAUAAACACAUCCCUCCCUCCAAUCGGGAUCAGAUUUCCUUCCCAUUCUAUACAAUGUCACUGCAUGGAAUGGGUCAACUUUUAAAUAAAUAAAAGUGAGCCUCUGUUCUGGAGAGAUGCAUGCCAGCAUGUAUCAUAAUAACUAGAGAAAGAUGGGUAUUUGCAAAGCAGUUCAAGCAGUAUUUUUUUCACAGAAGAACUUUCAGACAUUUGUUUUGUAGCAUCUUAGAAUUUAGAGAUUUAGAUGUCCUUCACCCUCCUGCUCAUGCAGACUUCUUCCUGCAGGAUGGGGCAUAUUCCCUUUCUCCAAUCUAGAUUUAAAUGAUUUAUGUUCUUCCUUGGGAAACAAUUCCACAAGGUCUAAUGGAGCUCGCUUAUCAGGAUAAUUUUUCUGAUGAUCAGUUCUGAUUUCUUUCUUCAUUUCAUCUUGUUAAUUGUAUUUAGGCCACAGUUCCUUUCCUCCUUCGUAUUGACCCUGUUCAGGCACUGGUAGGUUUCUUUCCACCUCACCUCUUUCAUAGUUUGCUCAAGAUGUAUAACAUUUUAAACCUUUCCUCAAAUCAAUCUAUCCAGGUCUUUGGUAUUUCCUUGUCACUUUUACGUCAAUUUGAUUUAUUUGUCCAGAGAUCAAAUUACUUUUCUGCAGUUCCAACUGUUUGCUAGGAAUCCCCCCAUAAAGGAGGUUCGGGGCAGUUGUAGCGAGGUCCGGUAGAGUCAUACUAGCAUGAACACAAGAAGGUGGCACUGGGACCCCAGAUGUAGCACAGGGCCUUCUCCAGUGGAUGGCCCUGUUGUUGGGUUUGUAAGCUGAUUCUUGGGAGAUAGGAGUUCAGCCACACUGUACAAGAGGAGUCCAUGAGGGGAAACUUGGGGAGAUUUGCUCUCUCCUCCACAUGGGUUUUACCGCAAGAGGGAUGAUCCGGCCAUACAUUUGCAUAACACCCAGAAAGAAGGAACAGUAAUCCUUGUCUGAGGUCCCCAGGCACUGCUGCAAUACAAAUAAUAAUAGCUUCUCUUGGUGUUAAGUCUCUGCCAUCACAGUUGUUUUCAAUCCCCAAUAAUUCAGUACAAUUAUAUAUAAUGCAGUACAGAUCAUCUUUUAAAUGCAAAAUAAAACUGGAUUUGCCACAAAUCACACCUGCACCCUAUGAGAGACAUGCUCCAAGCUUAGUAACUGUUUUACUCAAACAUUAGAUUCCUCCCCGUCCCCUCCUUUAAGGGUAGAAUGAUCCAACUCUACAUCACUGAUCAAAUCCUAUUCUAAAUGCAACAUUAUUUAGUUAUGUUCUGAUUGAUUAUAAUAAUCAGUGUCUUAUUUUUGUGCUUUAUGGGAAGAUGGGCAUUAUGUAGGUUUAUAGUCAUUUAUUUUUUAUUCCAAACCUUCAAACAUCAAAGUAUUAAUAAAGUACUGUGGUAUCUAGGUGCUGAACACAGGCUUUUCCUUACCUUUGUGUCUGCCACAGCUAUUGUGACUGCUCUGACACAACGAUGCAGGGAAAGCCAGUUUUCAUUUGUCACUUCGUUGUGUGUCACCAUUUUUCUGCAUGCAAAAAUCUCUCAACUUUUAUACUGCAGCUGCAUCACUCUAUGCCAACCAGCAGAGUGAGCUCCCAGUAAAGAAGCGCACACUGUCACAUCAACUCCUGUGGGUCUACUGUCAUUCUGUCGGUUUUCUUUUCAUACAUUGUUAUCAAUUUAACCUCUUUAAAUAGAUUUUUUUUUAAGUGAGAUAUAGCACAUUUUUACAAGAAACAGGCAGACUUUCGAUUCUUGGCUCAAAUCCAGCUCUAGUCAAAGGUCACCUACUGACAGUUGUCUGGCCUAAAACAUUCAUGACGUUAAUCAACUUGCUAGUGGACAGUUGUCUACGUUGCACAAAAGCCCACCUUAAACUGUUCCCUUCUUUACUGUAUGCAAAGAGGUCAAGGAGUGAAUGGACGUGGAGACCGAAUUUACUCUCAAAAGUUUAGUCUUCAGGUCAGGGUUUGGCAUAUUAGCAGGGCAUGUAGGAAAGCUUGUCCUGUUGCUACCCAUGCAGCAUCUGUUCCAGAAGCAAUUACCAGUGCUCUCAAUCUGGCACCCUUCUCCAGUACUAAAUUCACUUAAGUAUUUUUUUGUAAAAACAGGAUGAAAAAUGAUGCAUCGCUGAGUUCUCCUUCUGUCAGGAACCCUCUGCCUUAAAAAGAUGUUGUGCAGGGUGCCGGAAAUAAUGCUUAUAAAUGCAAUGUUUGUAGCUUUAGUUACUUGUAGCAUGUUACUUUCAUGUCUGCUGUUUCCUGGAUGAAACAUUUUAUUGGGGAUGCUUUCUCAUGCAUGGAAAGAUUAACAAGUAUUGCCCACUUCAAGCGUGCAUCUCAACUGCAGAUUUUUGUCACCAUGGUACUGAUUUCUCAGAAGCCUCUCAAGGUCAUAAGUAUGAAUAAAAAUGAUGUUUAUAGCUAAAUAAGGGAACAGAAAGUGAUAAAUGGGUCUCCUACUAGAUUUUCAAAGCUGUACCAGGGACUGAAGUGUCAUGGAUACCACUACUUUCAGGCUUACUUGGUUUUACUUUGUCUUAAAGGCCAUUCAAAGAAAAUUUAAUGCAACUUGGUUUUAACACAAAAUUCCAAUACUCUAAAAGAUGUAAACAUUGAAUUUCGCAUUUUUAUUUUAUAUUAUUGUUGGGGAUGGGGGGCAGGGAAAGGGAUAGGUUGGUCGAUGUUGUAAAAAUUCAUAUUCUCCAGUGCAAUAUUUGUAGAAAAAAAUGUUGUCCCCCUCAUCCUUUGUAUAGAUUAGAUUUGAACUGGAUUAAAUUGAAACAACUCAAAGCAA